AGACAAAAUUUGCAAAAGCCGAGUUUAUUUUAAGUAAAGGUGAGACUUUGGUAUUUAAACUUUGUUUAGCAUGCAAAUAUAUUUUCCGUUGCUUAUACUAAUUGAGGAGAAUUAAAGAAGUGGCAUAUACAGAACUGAAACGCCACGUGAGGACCAAAAUAAGGAAGGUGUUAAAACCUAUUUUAAUCUCACCAUUCACAAAUACCCUUACAAUUCUAAGAGUAAUCUGAAGUACCAAAAUUAUGUUUCUCCUUUUUAAAACUCAUCAUUUUAUAGUUCAUUUGCUUGUUGCAGUUUGACGAUUCAAUUGUCAAAUUCUUUUUUUUAUUGGUGGUGCAUAAGAUCUAUUUUGUUUUGUUUUGUUUUUUAGGGGUUUGAAAUAUUUUUACACAUAUUUUAAUUUCUUAAUCACCGGAUAGAUCCAUAGACACGCUUUAAAAAUAUGUAAUACUAUAGUGUAUAUCGGUAGAUUUACAGUAAAUUACAAUAUAUAUUAUUUAUACUAUUUUUAUACAUUCGAAUAUAUUUCAGAUCUGAAUAACGAUUAGUUUGCGCUGUUUGCCCUUCAGCGUUUGUUUAAUUCUUUUUUCAACUUAAAAAAUGUGUUAGCAUGCAUGUGCUUGCUGGGCACACUGCAGAUGACAGCAUGGUUGGCCAUUUAAGGGAAUGAGUGAGGGGGAGGUGUCUCUGUGCUUUGAGAUGCUAAGUGAGGUGUGCCUAUAUAAAGCGCGCUUGGUCAGCUCUCUCAUUUGGGCUGCCAAGAGGAAAGGUGAUUCAAUUCAAGAAACGCGGGUGUAGACAACAAUGGUGGCGACUACUGAUUGUAUAGACAACCCCGUCUCAAUCACUACAAACAAGGUGUCUAAACCACUCAUGGAGAAGAAAAGAAGGGCUCGUAUUAACAAGUGUUUGGACCAGUUGAAAUGUCUUCUGGAAAGCCAAUACAGCAGCACUAUUCGGAAGCGCAAACUGGAAAAGGCUGACAUCUUGGAGCUGACCGUGAGACAUUUGAAGCACAUUCAGAAAUCUCACACCGGUAAGCAGCACGUCACGUAUUGCCUGCAUUUCACGUUGCCCAAAUCUAACCCAAAUGACCCAUUGUGCUUAUUGACAGUUGCUUCCAAACUCGGCGAACUAUCAGAUUGCCAGAAAGGUUUUCAUAGCUGCCUGGUCAACUUCAACCACUACUUGAUGAUGGCCGACACCGUGACUGAGCGAGAACGCCUCAAGUCGGCGCAGUUGCACAGAAAAGUGGAGGUGGACAUCUCCAGGACCACGGACAGCGGCCCGGCCAGCUCCGAGACGCCUGUUGUUCCAUGGAGAGCCGAGGACCAGGACGAAGCUGCUCACAGCAGGAACCGCAGGGCGUAUCACCUUUGCCCGAAUAAAGAAGACACGUUGAGGCCCACAAAGGGGGGAUCCACGAAAGACCUCCGGGAAAAGCAAGUCACUCAGAAGUUUCACUCUAAAAGUCCUAGUGAAAUUAGGACCACUCAAAAAAUUAUGUGGAGACCUUGGUAGACACGUUAAAAUUGCAAACACAUUCAUAGAAAUGUUUAUAAUUUUUGUGUUAUCGC